AUGGAACUUUUGAUAUCAGUGGAUGUCAUCCGUCAGUGUGAUUUACUGCACUUUAUCUGUUUACAGGUUGCCAUCAAGUACAUUUCUAAAGGCAGGACGCCUGAGACGCUGAAAGUUGAAGGCCAUGGUCGGCUGCUGCUGGAGGUGGCAUUGAUGACCCUGGUCAGUUCAGCUCCUGCCUGCCCCAAUGUCCUGCAGUUGCUGGAGUGGUUUGACCAUCGCAGACGCUUCACCAUGAUCCUGGAGCGUCCAGUUCCUUGCCAAGAUCUCCAAAGUUUCUGUGAGGAGAAUGGACAUCUAGAUGAGAGUCUGGCUAAGAAAGUCCUGCUGCAGGUGAUUAGCGCUCUGAAACACUGCAAGAGCCGCGGAGUCCUGCACCGGAACAUCAAACCAGAGAACCUGCUGAUCUCCACGGAGUCGCAUGACAUCAAGCUGCUGGACUUCGGCUGUGGAGAUCUGCUGAAAGACUCGGCCUACAAAUACUUUGCAGGUUGGUUUGAUCUCACUACAGUGAUCUGUUUGUCAACUUUUGAUGAUUGUCUUGAUGAAAGUCCCGUUCGCAGCUCUUGUCACACCAUUCUCCCAACCCCCUCCCCUACCCAUGUCCCACAGCACCGCCGUCCAGUUCUAGCGCAAAGGCUGAAUCACGGCAUCACCAUCCAGGCGUCAGCCACCUUUUCCAGCGUCUUCCUAUGCAUGAGACCUCUACUCCGCCCCAGCCACAGGGAAACGGAUCAUAGCAGGACUCCGCCAGGCGCCAGCUCCAGCGUCAUCAUCCCGUGCCGAUCAACAAAAGUGGAUCUCCUCGAUCUCUAUGCUUCUCUCCAAGCAGGGGAACUUCCAAACUCCACUCCUGCCUCCAGGCCCCCGGGCACGGGCCGUAGCGUUCCCUACUCACGGUCCAAGUGA